GACGCAAGGACAGAGAGAGUCCGCUGGAAAACGCGACUCACAUAUCGGAAUAAAUGUCCCCGGUACGCGACUGGAAAAGAGAAGCGUGGACACCUUAUGGCCAUGGGAAUAAGGAAUUGCACGCGUUUAUACAGUAUAACUCUACCAAAUGGAAUUAUUUUAAUGGAAUAACGUUGUAGGGAAUAUAGUCUUCAUUGGGAUGGUAACGAUAUCUUCGGUUCGCUUUCGUGAAUGUGUCAUUUUGGAACCAUAAGGUAACACCUUGUUGUGUGAGAAGCGGGCUGGAAGGAGUGGUCUGAGACCAGCAGCGGCAGCCAUGGCUUGGAAAGCAGGCGUUCUGCUCUGCAUAUUGCUAGCCAUAGUCAAACACACACUGUCCGUCAGCUUCCCAGAGGACAGCACACCCCUGGACACUGUCGAUGAAUACUACUCGCGGCAGUACCCGGUUUUCCGGGGUCGUCCUUCUGGGAACGAGUCACAGCACAGGCUAGACUUCCAGCUGAUGACUAAAAUACAAGACACGCUGUUCAUUGCCGGCAGAGACCAGGUGUACCUAGUGAGUCUCAGAGAGUCCUACAGAAACGAGAUCAUUCCCUACAGGAAGUUAACAUGGCGAUCAGGGGAAGCAGACAGAAAGAACUGUGCCAUGAAAGGGAAACACAGAGAGGAGUGCCAUAACUUCAUCAAGGUCCUGGUUCCUAGAAACGAUGACCUGGUGUUCAUCUGUGGAACUAAUGGCUUUAACCCCAUGUGCCGCUACUACAGGCUGGAUAACCUGGAGUUUGACGGGGAGGAGAUCAGUGGACUGGCACGAUGCCCUUUUGAUGCCAAGCAGACCAACGUUGCUCUGUUUGCUGACGGGAAACUGUACUCAGCCACGGUUGCUGACUUCCUGGCGAGUGACGCAGUGAUCUACCGUAGUAUGGGCGAUGGUUCUGCCCUCAGAACCAUCAAAUACGACUCCAAAUGGCUGAAAGAGCCCCACUUCCUGCACGCUGUGGAUUAUGGGAACUAUGUCUACUUCUUCUACAGAGAGAUCGCUGCAGAACACAACAACCUGGGCAAGGCAGUCUACUCCAGGGUGGCUCGUAUCUGCAAGAACGACGUCGGCGGGUCCCAGCGUGUGUUGGAUAAGCACUGGACGUCUUUUGUCAAGGCCAGACUCAACUGUUCCGUUCCAGGAGAGUCCUUCUUUUACUUUGACGUUUUGCAGUCCAUCACCGACAUCAUCAGCAUCGACGGGGUUCCUUCUGUAGUGGGAGUCUUCACCACACAGAUGAACAGUAUCCCGGGGUCUGCAGUGUGUGCCUUCUCCAUGGAUGACAUCGAGAAGGUGUUCAGGGGCCGUUUUAAAGAACAGAAAACACCUGACUCCGUCUGGACAGCAUUUCCAGAGGAGAAACUGCCCAAUCCCAGGCCGGGCUGCUGUGCGGGCCAUGGGCAGGCGGAGUCUUUUAAGACGUCUAUAGAGUUCCCUGACGAGACCCUACUCUUCAUCAAGUCCCACCCCCUCAUGGAGGCAGCCGUGCCUAACGUUGGAGACGAGCCGUGGUUCACCAAGACACGUGUCCGGUACAGGCUGACAGCCCUGGCAGUGGAUAACGCUGCUGGUCCCCAUGGUAACUACACAGUGCUGUUCAUUGGUUCUGAGGCGGGCGUGGUGCUGAAGGUUCUAGCCAAGACUUCCCCUCUGUCCCUCAACGACAGCAUCCUAUUGGAAGAGAUCAACCUGUUCAACAAAGCCAAGUGUCUGUCUAACAGUGACGAUGACAGGCGUAUCCUAUCGCUCCACGUAGACAGAGACACACACAGUGUGUACGUGGCCUUCUCCAGUUGUGUGGUCCGCAUGCCCCUCAGCCGCUGUGAACGACACACUACCUGCCAUAAGUCAUGUAUAGCGUCCAGGGACCCCUACUGUGGCUGGAUGCCUCACGGAGCCUGUGAGAGGAUCCUGCCUGGGGUUCUGUCAGGGCAUGAGCAGGACGUAGAGUUUGGGAACACAGUUCAUCUGGGUGACUGUCAUGCAUUUUUGGCCACUACAUCAGCGCCAGAUUACAAAUCAUUUGGCGACCCGACCUCUGACAUGGAGUUGUCAUCUACGUCAGUCACAGACCAGCCCAGUGGGCGCAUACACCCCCCAGUACCCCCAGUACCCACCCUCACCCCAAGCCCCGGUCCUGGGCUUGGUCCCGGGGCAGAGCCUGGGCCGGGGCCUGGGGCUGGUUCUCCAGAGCUGUACUGGGAUGAUCCAGCCACGUCCCAUUCAUUAGAGUCACUCCCAGGGGGCCAGGAGGGUGUGUGGGAGAUUCAGGCAGGAGAAGCCAAUCAGAUGGUCCACAUGAAUAUCCUGAUCAGCUGCGUGUUUGUGGCCUUCCUCCUCGGGGCACUAGUGGCAGGACUGGUGGUGUUUUGCUAUAGAGACUCCUUCCUCCGCCACAAGCCCAGUCACGCCCACAAAGACGCGGAGUCUGCCCCCUCCUGCAGUGACUCUACUGGAUCCUUCGCCAAACUCAACGGGCUCUUCGACAGCCCCGUCAAGGAGUACCAGCCAGGUUUGGAGUGUCCCAAGCUAUACACCAACCUGCUGAGUAGCGGCAAUGACCUUACCCCCAAUGGAGACACCAAGACCAUGAUCCUCCGGGACGGCUGUCAGCCCCCAGAGCUGGCUGCCCUGCCCACCCCAGAGUCCACCCCUGUGCUGCAGCAGAAAGGCCUGCAACCAAUCAGGAACCAGUGGGAGAGAGCCAAUCACCAUGGCAAGAUCAACGGGUCCAAGAAGAACUCCAACGCCGCCUCUGCCAAGAGUCCCCAGUUCCUCCCCUCCUCCCCACCUCCCCACACUCACCCCCACCCCCACCCUGCGCUGGGUCACUCCCACAUCCCCAGCGCUGUGGUCCUGCCCAACGCCACGCACGAGUACCGCAGCGGUUACCACGGAAACUCAGCCGAUGACGUCACACCGCCUCGCACCCUGGACAAGAAGCCUCAGAACACGGAACAUCUGCAGGCCACGCCCCCUCGAACUAAAGGAAGCAGGAAGGAGCAGAAGAGAUCGCUGGACGCCAGGAACACUCUGAACGACUUACUAAAGCACCUGAGUGACGCUAAUGCCAACACGGCUAGCGCUAGCCCCAAGCCUAUCCUCCAGGAGGGGGCCGGCUCAGGGUCCCGACCCAGCAGACAGCACCUGAUGCUGGAGCCUCUAGGGGACAUCACCGAGGUCCCUCCCAAGGUCCCCAGCCGGGAGGCCUCCCUCUACUCCCCUUCCUCCUCCUCCCUGCCUAGGCACAGUCCCACCAAGAGGGUGGAUGUCCCCCUGCCCUCAACCCCCACCUCCCCCACAGGCAGCCUGGGUAUGGGAGGCAGUAUGGGGGGCACCCUGGAGAGGAGAUACGGCUCACAUCAGAGGAGCUCCUCCCACAGACACUCCCUCAGCGCCACCUCUCCCAAUGGGGUCAGUAUGGGGGUGUCCUUGUCCCGCCAACACAGUAUGAACAGAGGGGGGUAUAUGCCCCCCACCCCUCCCUCCAGACUGGACUCCCAGGGAGGGCUCCACUCCCCACACCCCCCCUCCCUGUCCCGGCAGAGCAGCUACAGUGGGCAUGGCUCGCUCCCCCGCCAGGGGCUCAAACGGACCCCGUCCCUAAAGCCAGACGUCCCCCCUAAGCCCAACGGCUUCACUCCACAAACUCCUCAGAUGCGUGUGGUCAACAAAUACAGCUACUAGGACACCGGAGACGCUGCGGAGUGAACCGCAAAGUGUGUUAGCUGGGACAGGGCGUCUCCGAGUGUAUUCAAGGACCAGGCGUAGAGAGGGAGUCAGCCCUGGGAUGUGUGUGUGUGUGUGUGUGUGUGUGUGUGUGUGUCGAGGGUCUUCCCUAUGAAAUGACAGGGCACAUUCAUACAUUCAGUCGGCAAGUGGAAUAUCACACCAGUGACCAAAGACGUGACAUGGAGCUGUGUUAAAUAUUGUGGCUCCAUCUUGCUCUCUAUCUCCAUCUCACAAUGCCCUGUCUCCUAGACAAGGCAGGUUUGGGAUCUGGACUGUGGCUCUCCAGUUUGUGUAGGGGUCCUGCAAGGGACUGGCGUGCCCCCCCCCACCCCCCUUGUGUAACUGGGGCCCCCGUGGCCGUGAUUGUGCACGGUGGAACGCAGAGAAUACUUGAAGAAUGGGUCUGACGUCUCACUGCCACUGUGCACUGUCUCAUCGUGUCCCGAAUGGCCCCAUGUGGCCUUUGUAGUGCACUGCGUUUGACGGAGACGCAUAGGGCCGCUGUCAAAAGUAGUGCAUAAUGUAAGGCGUAGGGCGCCAUUCGGGAGACACAAGUCUUCCCCAUUAAUGUGAACUGGACUGAACUUAAGGGUUGUAACGGUCUGCAUCUCAUCUGUGUGGCAGAUGGGAGAGAGAAGACAGACUAAAUAGGUUACAUUUAGACGUGUUUCUUUCAGCUGCUGGGAAGGAAGGCAAGCGAGAGGACAGCCAGAGUAUGUCAUUGUGAUUGGAACACCAAUGUACAGCGGACACACACAAACACACACUCUGUUUGGGGAGGUGAAAGGCCUGGCUGCCUAUGUACCCAGACAGGGACACUGUAACUCACUGCGAUAUUUACUAGACACAUGUGCUGCUAUUGGUUUGUGUUAUGUGUAUUUUGGCCUCAUAUGUAUUUGUAUCCUUCAGCUGCCGUUUUCUCCUGACGAGUCUUCGUUGGUGUGUGUGUGUGUGUGUGUGUGUGCGUGCGUGCGAGUGAAUGUGUGUGUGUGUGGGACUGCGUACAGACCGUGUAAUUUGGUGCGUCACCAUGUCGGUGCAGUCUUUUAUCUCUUAAUAACACAGCACACAUGUGCUACAGUCUCACACUAUACAGAUGCAGAAUGGCUUUAGUUUGCUGACAACUGCAGAGACCACUUCUCCAGUCACCUUUCAUGUAGCAAUGGUGUUUAGACAACUUGUUUGGAUUUUGGUUUUGUUUUGGCUUUUUCUUUCUUAAGGAAUUGUUUGACGAUGUAAACAUUUCAUGCAAUGCCAAUGAGUUUAGUUCUGUCAGGCUGAAACGACGUUCUGUAAGCAUCCCUGUUUCCAAGCCACGCCCAUGUCUGCGCACACCUGACACGCACCUAUAGUAUCUCUCCGGCUCAUCUGCCAACUGCAAAUCUGUCUUUACUGUAAGUCUUUGUGCCCCUGUAAGAGGUAACACACUGGUCUAGGAUCAGCUUGCCCUCCCCAAACCUAACCUUAACCAUUAGGAGGGAAAACUUAUAACUGAUCUUAGAUCAGUGUCUAGAGAGAAGUCUCUGGGGGGCCAUUUUGGUUCCAUAGGCAGUACUAUUUGUGCAGUUUCCCAGUGAGAGUUGUGACCAGUGUAGUCACACCAACAUCUACCAAUGUGUCCUACCGAGUCAUGCUGGUAAUGACAAGUUACUGUACAUAUUAUAAAUAUGAGUAUACCUAUUUUUAGGCCAGUUAACCCCAUUCUGUGCAUCGUGUGCCUUAUUCAACAUAUGAUCGAUAUACAGUAAUAUUGGGAAAAACAAUUUAUUUGGUCCUGAACAUGUCAUUGUGGUUACAAUAUAGCUUAAGCAACUCUGAUUAUUUUUAAUCAGCGAGUUAUUUGUGUUCCAAAAAAAACAAGAAAACAACCAAACUACAGUAAUUUAGAUUCUAGAACUAAGGCCAGGUUUAGUACCCAACAUUCCAUUCCAGAAUGCAGACUGAAACAAAGCAUUUUGGGAUUACAGUGUCAGUAUUUGACCUUGUGAAGGAGAAGGUUGUUGAUAGGCCAAGCUGAGGUUGCACUCAGUGAAUGUACUAUAAUGACAGUGGGAUGUAAACUGAAUAUUCUAUUUGAAACACUCAGCUGAACAAAGCACUAUAAACAGCUAAUAAAAUAUGAUAAAUGAAACAAGGUACUAAAGUCAACACUCUAGUUAAUUAUUGAAGAUCAAUUUGAUGCUAAUGUUUUAAUAAUCCUGUGCCCUUAGAGUGAACAGUGGUCAUGUGAUAUUCAUAAUUCUAUUUUCUGUAACAGCAACAGAGGAAUAUGUUUUGAACAGGGGGUGAACAGGAAAAAAAAAUAAAAAAAAGCUAAAAAAAGAUUUGGGUACAGUCUCACAUUGAGAAUGAGAUGAUUUGGGAACAUUGGUCUUUGGGUAUCUAUCUGCCUGUCUGGCACUCAAAGACACAUUUUGUUUACAAGAGAUGAUUGUAUUAAUUAAGACUUGGCUAUCAGUCGUCCUCUGCUAAGCAGUGUUUGGGCUUCAAGAGCCAGACACACACACACAGCCCUCUGUUCCAUCCCUCCAGACAGACAGACUGAGCUCAGCUGCCUUGUACAUUGCCAUAUUGACUUGGGUCUUUGUGCUGCAGUGUCCGUCUAAAGCCUUUUACCGUCCUGUCUAUCUAUGCUUUCUGUGUGCAGAUGAGCCAGACUCAUUGACUUAACCUUUCUAAUACUGUUCUGAUUGGACGGUAGACAUCCAGAUGUUUGUUCAGAGUGUUUGUAGAUAUGUUGUAAAGUUGUAACUGUGAAUGUGUACAUAAUUAUUGUCUUUUUGUUUCAGGACAUUUUUGUU